GCUCUUCUCAUCACAACUUCGCCGGUUUGGGUCUGUUUUGUGAGAAAACAGAUCGGAUAUUUUAAACCCCAUCAAAUAUAGAUAGAUUGGAUUGGAUCCACCAUGACUGUUGCUGUGGAAGAAGUCUUGGCCAUGGCCGGCUAUGGCAAAGAUGCCGCUGCCAAAGUGAAGAACCAUGAAGUGGUUCAUUUCAAUGUGGACACUUUGACUACCCGCGAGUUGGCUGCCGGUUUUGCCAUGCUCGUCAAACGGACACCCGAAGAUUUGGAUGAGGUCUUUUUAAUGUCCGACAAGAAGGAAGAGAGUGAUGACAGCAUCCAGUACAUGGAACGCAUGGUGGAUGGGACUCUGGACUUUUCCAAAGUCGAGUUGAUGCCGGCCAAGUCCGUCAAGGACUCGGUCAAGCAAUAUGCGAACGCGGCGACCAGUCAUGGCAGCGAUGACCUUAACUUGUCGCAGGAAGAACGAGCCAUGUUUGCCGGGCUCGACAAGAAGAAUGCCACCAAGGAACAAGUGGAAGAGAUUCUCAAAAAGGUACUGGCGAAGCGUCUGCAAGAUUAUCAGCAAAAGGGACUUGAAGGCGUUGGUGCCUACCAGCGCAAGAGCAACAAGAGCUUUGAACCAGGCGCGGAACUCCGAGAAAAGACGGAAAAGCUGGCCAUGGCCAAAAAGGUGGCUCCAGAGUUCAUGAAGUACUCGUUGGAUUAUCCCAAUAACAAACCUACCACGGGAGAAGUCAAGGAAGCCUAUGGCUGGAUCAACUUUAAUAUUGACGACAAACCCACCUUUUCCAUCUUCCACAAGGUAUCCUACCAUGAUGCCGAAAAGGGAUUCUACCUCAUGUUCCAUCGACACUUUUACGUCAGUCGAGGACACAAUAGCGUGCAGGCGGUCGGGGCUUGCUUUCCUGUGGAAAAUGAAGAGAGUCUUGUCAUGCUGGCGAGCCGAACGUCUACCGAUCUGGUGGCUGGAUUUGGUGGAUCGGCCAAAAAGGCAUUGGGUUCCAGGAUCAUGGGUGGCAAACUCAAGGCAAACUUUGAAAAGUACCGUACCCUCUCCGAAAAGAAGUAAGUAAAGGAAGCUGGCUAGCUAGUCAAUCACGUGGUAGAGGAAUAGAGAAAGUGCUCAUAGAUAAAGCAUACAAAGAGUUUUUGAGUUUUCGUUGUCGGUGUUUGUCUGGAGAGCUGAUUCGCUGCAGGCAAGACACGGCGGUUGCAGUUUGUUCGGACGGUCCGCCACGGCACUUGCUAUAAUAGCAUGCAAUCUUGAAGUCCGAUUGGCUCGUCUGACCAACAGUUUUGGGUUUGCAUUAGUUUGUUCCGGUGAGUACUUGCCCGUGUGGUCCAGCCAAACAGGAACCGGUACCGGUGCGCGCCGAUUGGACACCGAUCAAGCAAGAUGCUUCAAGAGGACAUCAGCUAUCAGUUGAACUUGUUGGGAAUAUCAAGAAUGUCAUCAGUUGUCGUUGGGAAUAUCAAGAAUGUCGUUGUCCCGCAUACAUGAGCCCUUGGUGAGAAGCCAAACAGCUUCGUCAUUCGAUAAGGGCCAGUUUCCUUCCUUGUCAUCUCCUCUCCCGGUACCUCUAUCCACAUCUAUCGGGAGAUUCGAUUCCGAGGAGUCCCUCCUCAGAAAAGCGGAAUGCCUUGUCUGAAGCAAAAAUGAACUCAUACCGGUACGAGGACCUCGUACAGGAGAAAACGCCAUCAAUCGCCAUGCCCCCAGAAAGGAACACAAGACAAACCAAGAAAGAUAUCAUCACCAUUGUUGCCAUGUGGAGAUGCAUAUCCGGACUCGACUCUGUCAAAACUAUCCUACAGUAGACUGCUUACAGCCAGCCGCUUCAAAAACACAAGAACAAUAUGGUCAACAGGCCACUCUACGCGGGGACCUCAAGGAAUGCUAGGCGCAGGAUACGGCGGCGUUUGCUCCCGCGUCUUCCAUCCAUUCGUCUUCAUGCAUCAAGUCGGCAACAAUUGUCAAAAAUAUCAUCAUACCAACGUCCGGAGUUGAGGAUUCUGCAUUCCGAAAGACUUCAACAUGGUUUUGCUUUCCGUAGUACUUCCAGAAGGCCAGCUCCUCUCCUGAUUGGGAAUCAAAGCAAGUUUUCUCAAAAGAGUUUUUGGCUCCCGAUUCAAUUCGAUACAUCUCAUGCUUUCCCAGCCGGAAAACACCGGUAUACCUCUUUUCUUGCCGUAGUGAAUUUUAUGUUGUCGCUUCACGGAAGAGUGGAAAUACAGAGGCGCGUUGUUCGCCCUCCUUAGUUUGCC